AAAUUAAAAUAUAAACCUGGUGUCUGGUGACAUUGUAAACAUUUUUGAUUUUCUAAAUUUCGUUUACAUCUAGUCAAAUAUCAUUUUCAGUAUUUUUUUCGUGUUACUGUUCAAACCGUUGAAUGUAAUAUAUAAUUUGUAACUAACACUUAGAGUGAUAGUUUGUUUCAGAAAAUUUAAUAAAUAAUAUUAGAAAAUAAUAGAAAUUAAAAUGCAAGUGAAUGCAUCCGUGGAGUUGUUGUGUUUUAUAGUUCUACCACAUUAUUAUCUUUUAAGAAAUGUUUGUUCAAUUAGUAUCGAAUUAAAAACGUAAUAGUGAGAUUUGACACAAAAUACAUUAAACAUGUCAGUAAGUUUGUGUAGAAUAUGCCUCGAGGAUGGAGCUAAACUUCCUCUGUUUGAAAACACUGAUGACGAAAAUGAUUUACUGUCAAAACUUGAACUAUGUUUUCAUGAAAAGAUUCAAAAUAUUGAUGGCUACCCAUGCAAUAUAUGCAAGAAUUGUAAAAAUACUGUGGAUCAAGUAUGUGAUUUUAUUAAAAAGUAUAAGGAAUCAUGCCAUAUUGUACAAAAUAAUUUAAUGGUUAAAAUAGAACAAGUAGACUCAAGUGAUGUGAGCUGCAAUGAAAAUGGGUUUGAUAUCGAAAUUAAAACAGCUUUGAAAAAAGAAAGCAGUGAUGAUGAAUUUCUUAGCAAUUUAAAAGAGUUAAAUAUAAUCAGACAUGAAUCUAAUUCUAAGAACAAUGAAAAUAUUCCAAUGAAAAAUGAGAAACCUAAACGAAAAUCUUUUAAAAAUGUAAAAUGUACUAAUAAAAUAGCGUCAUCAAUAUUAGAAGGUGAUUUCCUUUGGAUUGGUGAUACAUGGUGUAUUAAACCUAAAAAUUACAAAGUUGUCAAAAAGGAAAUGCCAGCUAAAAAAGUGGAGAAACAAAAACGAGUUCAUUUAAAACUACCAAAGGUGAAGAAACCGGAUCCACCCAAGUUAUGUGAUCUUUGUGGAGAUAUAUUUAAGUCACAAGAAAAAUUAUGCAGGCACAAGAAAAAGGUUCAUUUUAAGGAACCAAAAAAAUGUCCUCAAUGUCCACGAAUAUUGAGUUCUGAAUAUUACCUGAAUGCACAUUUGAGAAGACGACAUCAAGAAGAUAAACAAUUUAUAUGUGCGGCUUGCGGUAAAGGGUUUGCAUUUAAGGGAGAACUGGCCAGUCAUAAUAGAAAUGUUCACAAUAAACAUUUGUUACCAAAAAAGAAGUAUUUCUGUAAAAUAUGCAAUAAAGAAUAUAAAUGUAUAAAAUCUGUUAUAGUUCAUGAGAGAUCUGUACACACGGGUUAUAGACCAGCAGUGUGUACUGUCUGUGAAAGUAGUUUCUACCAUGAGGACUAUUUAAGAGAACAUAUGCGUCUUCACACUGGUGAAACACCAUUCAAAUGUCCUAUAUGUGGACGAGGAUAUGCACAAAGAGGGAAUAUGAAAAGCCAUCUUAGAAUACAUCGAAUAUCAGAAUUAGAUGCAAAUACUCUCAGUAAAAUAAGACCUAAUUAUUUAAAACUUUUAAAGCCUUAAUUUGUACAUUUUUUGGGACAUUUGAAUUGGCUAUGUGUUAUUUCGUGUGUUGAAUUGUUAACCAAUCUACCAUUGUUACAAUUGUUAAAAAUUUAUUCUAUUGUGUAGAUUAUAAACAAAAAGAAAAACACUUUGGUUCUUGUUAAAUUUGUUUGUAGUAAGUGCAAUAAUAUGCUCUAUUAAGCAAUACAGAAUAUUUUUAUUGUAUAAAAUAAGUUUUGGUGUUCGUUAAAAUAAGUUUAUAACAUUGUUAAGUAUUAUUCUUGCGAAGAUAAUGUAACUAAGCAAUAAUUUUCUUUAAUUUAUUUAAAUAAACUAUC